CUAGCCAGCUUGGUUCGACAUCCUUUACCCCCCUCAACACACAACUGACAAUAGUCACAUCCCAGUUUCAUUGAUAAACCUGUUGUUGUUAGUUUCAGUCACUUUCUGAAUUUCGCUUGUUGUUGAAAUACUUUUCACGGAAAAUUUUUAAGCCAACAGAUCCAAAUUCAAAAUGGCGGUUGGAUGUUCAGAAAACUGUAUGAAAUAUAUUCUUUUUUUCUUUAAUUUGAUCAUCUUUAUCUUGGGCAUUGCUGGUGUUGCCCUUGGAAGUAUCUUGCUGGCUAAAAAGGACCUUAUAAUGAAGGGGCUUGACGGAAUUCAGAUGGAGGAUGUUCUUGAUGGCUUUAGUAACGAUACGAUUAAGGCUGGUGCCAUUGUUCUGAUAAUAGCAUCUGUUGUUGUUGUACUUAUUGCAUUCUUCGGUUGCUUUGGAGCAUGGAAAGAGAGCAGCUGCUUGCUUGGAACAUACAGUACAAUAAUGGCCGUUAUCCUUACUCUACAAGUUGCUGUCUUCAUAAUGAUCAUUGUUGCUCGACCAAAGUUUGAGGAGACAAUUAAGGAGUCUCUACAAAAACUGUUUGAUAAGUCAAAAUCCAAAGAACAAAAGGAAAUUGUUGAAAGACUCUUCAAUGAGAACGAGUGUUGUGGUAUUGAGAAGCCGAGUGACGUAGAUAAAUACAAUUUUGUUUGCAAGAAUAAGAGUUGGCCAGGCUGUUAUACAAAAGUUAAAGAAAGUAUUAGUAAGAAUCUCCCAGCAGCCAUUGGCAUUGCCAUCGCUAUUAUUCUGGUGCAGUUGUUUCUCAUUGUCUUCGCCUGCUGCCUUUGCACUUCCAAAAGAGGAGAAACGCUUUCAUAGAUAUCUUCUCAUAAUGACUGAACAUUUGAAAGCUAAUUAUUUUUCCUUCAUAUAAACACUUGUAUUCUAAUUACUCGCAUUUUUGUUUUAUCAUAUUUGAUGCAUAUUUUUGUCAAACCUAUGAAUUUCUUAAUAUCUGUUUCUGUACUUCAAAAAGACUAAUUUCACUUAAUUAAAAAAAAAAAAUCUAUAAAUGUAAUUAGGACCAUGUGCAGUUUGAGUUUAAUGUCAUCAGUCUUUCAAUAUGUUACACAUUAUUCUUUUCACUCUUGAUACUUUAAUAAACUUGCUCAAGCUAUUGUUGCUUUAUUUAUCUCUCUUUUAUUGUUUACUUAAGCACAGUUUGUUGUAAACCCAAGGAUUUAGUGUUUUGUCUUCAUCACAUUCCUGCUUUGGGUCUUUUGCUAAAAUUCAUUUCAAAGGCUGCUGGGAAUACAACUUAUCGUAAAAGGCCCAUUUGACCUAAAAAAAUUUUUAAAAAAAGCUUUAAAAACUGGUUUACAUCAAUAUUUUACUUUUUACUCUUGCUAUUAAAAUUGUUGACUUGGUUACUUUUGUUUCUUUUUUCCGAUUUUGAAAAUAUGCCCUGAUCACAUGACUAUUAGAUUUCUGAUAUUUGAAGUAGAGACAUCUAAAAUAAUAACUAAAAUAUCCUUCUGUUUCUUUGAAUUUUUUUAUAGUAUAAAAGUUUUACCAAAUUUAGACAAAGAUAAAUUUUAUUUUCUCACCUAUGUUAUUUAGAAUUUACAUUCCACAGAAUCUGUGGUGUUAGUAGAACACCUAAUGGCCAUUGAAAUACAGUUCUAUAUUUAAGAGAUGAGGAAUUAUUUACAUUUGACGGAUAUUUGUCCUCAUCUUGUUUGUUGUUAACACAACAUUUUGGCUGAUAUACCCUCCAGCCGAGGGUAUAUCAGCUGAAAGUGUUAAUAUCUGUUGAAUGUAAAUAAUGUCAAUAAAGGCCAUUGAAAUGCUUAACAGAAUCUGUAGCUAGAACAAUAUUUUUUCAUAGUUGAAAGGUAAUUGGAACAUCAUUUAUAAAAGGGAUCUUUAAGAUUUUAUUAAAUUAUCGGAUUGUCACCACCACCCUCAAAAAAACCAGGUAAAGGAAGUAUUUUAAACAGGUUAGAAUUUGUCAAUUCAACUUUUAAGACUUUUCAGCAUUUGACAUCUUUUAGAAGCAGAAAAUAUAUACAUUUUUGCAGAUAUGCUUUAAAGUAAUGUUAUGCCAGCUAUACAAGAUCAACCCUGGGAUGUUUGCCUGAUAACAAGCUAUGAAGAAUCUUGUGUAGAACCGAAGUUGUUAACUUGUAGAUAGUGUUGGUCUCUGUUAUUGAAAGCAUACUUGUCAAUCAAUGGCUCUCAGUGGUCCUUUCUGAAACCAAACUAGUCAACCAAGGUUUGAAACCCUUAGCCUCUAGAUUAGUUUGUCAAAUGUAAUGAUUAAUUAUUCACAUUUGUUUUGAAUUAAAAAAUAACUGGUCUGAAAUAGAUAUUAAAAGGUACAGUCCCUGGCACUCAUUUUAUUGUUAUUGUUUAUUACUGUUGAUAUUUUGUGUUAUAAGCAAUACUAGAAACACAAACCUAUAAUUUUAAUUAAGAUACAGGGCAACACCGCUAAGCAGAGAGGUGUAUAAAUAUAAACUUGUUACCAGUUCAGAUCUGUUUGAAGCAUAAACCUGUAAAAAAAAAGCCAUUCACUGUGUUUUUGCCAUGGAGAAAAUUUCUCUCUACACACAAAUAGGUGUGAGUACAGUGAGUCAGUUUGCAGCAUCACCUGACCAGACUUUGGGAUGCAUGCAUUUCGGAGUGGUUAUCUUCUCUACAGCGACAGAGACCAGAAAUGCAGUUGCUGGGAACUGACAAGAGGAAAUAACCACUCCAAAAUGUAUGCAUCCAACAAUCUGAUAAAAGUGAUGCUGUGAGCUGACUUGGUUUAUUUACACCGUUUUGUCUACAGCGAAAAAUUUUCACCAUGGCAAAAUACAGCAAAUAGAUUUAUGGUUUCAAAUAGAUUUGAACUAGGAACAAGCUUGUACUAAUUUUAAUAAUUGGUUUUUAAAAUUUUGACAGAAUAUCUGAAUGUUACUCCGGACAGUUUUUGUGUUUUUUAUGGCACAAUUUUUAUUAUUCUAAGUAAACCCAUUGGGCAAUUUUUCAGGAUUCUUGGUGUUUCUUUAAAGGUUUGGAGAUAGUAGCUUCUUAUCUAAGUCUUUAAGCUUUUAAUCAUUAUUAAAAUUGGUCUCUAAGACUUCUUGGGUUCUUUGAAUUAUUUUUAAUGAUUUCAUGACAAAUUUAUGUAUAAGCUUAACAUUCUUUUUCUUCUUAAAUAACUGCAAGUUUAAUUUGACAAUAUUUGAUAGCUUACAUAUAUUAAUAUACUGCCUUCAAUCUCUUAGCAUUCUAGACUUUCUUAAAUAUCUAUAAUAAUGAUUGUAUUUGCAAAUCCAAUAAAUUAUUUUUGUAUCCUAA